UCCUCUGUAUUUUAGUUUUGGCUGUUUUCCAGAUAUGGAUCCUUUCAGGAAGAAGUUGGUGAUUGUUGGGGACAGCUCUUGUGGGAUGACCAGUCUGCUCACUUUUUUCAAAAAAGACGUAGAUUACGUGCCUACUGUGAUUCCGAUCUCUGUGGUGGAUUUUGAAGUAGAUGGGAAACAGGUGCCCCUGGCCCUUUGGGACACAUCUGGUCAGCAAGACUAUCCCCAACUGAGGCCUCUUUCCUAUCAAGACACUGAUGUAAUCCUCAUGUGUUUCUCUGUGGAUAGCCCGGACAGUUUUGAAAAUAUUUUAGAAACGUGGAGUCCUGAAGUGAAACACUUCUGUCCUAAUGUUCCAAUAAUCCUGGUGGGGCUCAACAAGGACCUUCGCAAUGAUGACCAUACCAGAAAAAAGCUUGCUAAAAUGAAACAGGCACAGUAUUUACAUUAAUAAAUUAACUAAUUUAUUCUUUGUUUUGCAUAGUUCAAAAUGAUUAUGUAUAUGUGUCUCCUUCGUUUCUAGGAACCAGUUAAAUUUGAAGAGGGGAAAGAGAUGGCUCAACGCAUUGGCGCCUACAGCUACCAGGAAUGUUCUAGCAAAACCGAAGAUGGCGUAAGAGAAGUCUUUGAAGUGGCAAUAAGGGCAGCAUCGGCAGGCGACAGCUGCGGGAAGAGGUCCUUGUGCGUGCUUUUAUAGAUUAGUGAAAACCCUAACCCAUGUGCGAAAGAGUGAACAGCUCCCAUACUGAACGUUGACAGUCGGGAGAAACCCUGAAACUUGCAGCACACCAAAGCAAUUCACAUGUAUGAAACCAUGCAUAGAUGUGUCACUGCACACAUUAACUUCUCACAUCCCAUUUUGCAUGGAAUUGGAUAAAUAAAUCAGCAUAAAUACCCAAAAGGCAGGCAGUCAU